AUGGUGGACCCCUUUGUGCUUUUCCAAACAUUGAACCAACAUGUCUCUUUGGUGUCUUCACUGGGAAGGUAUGAGACUGUCAGCAGGCAGCAAGCCACAGAUGCCAAGGGCCUAGUGCAUUGCCUGCCUCUGUUGGAAGCUUUGUUGGAUCUUUCCCCCACAGGUGAGAUCCACCCAGGUCCUCUGAGGCAAGCAUUGCUGAAGCUGGUCCAGCACAAACCGAAGAUAAACACAACAGACUUCAAUGGAAUGGUAUACUGCAACAUGAGAGCAGAAAGGGUUACAACUGUCCUCCUUCAUCUUAGAAGGUUGAAAUCUGAGGAAGAGCUUGCAAAAGUAGCAGCAAAAGUGAGUGGAAAAGAAUACCAGCUGCUGAAAGAGCUUGCACAAAACUUGGCAGGCAAGGACACAGAGCAAAACAGUGAUGAGGAAAGAGAAGCUGCUUCCCUUGACAAAAGGGGGCAGCAAGAGGAAGAAGAAGCUGGCCCCCUUGCCAAAAGGAGGCAGCUUAAGAAAGAAGAUUCUGCCAUCUCCAUGGAUUCCAGUGGCUUCCCCAAGUGCUUGCAAAGCCCACAGCAAUCCAAUGCCUUGCCAUUGGAGGCUAGUCCUGACACCAAGGAUGCCCAAGCCAAAACUGAGCCAGUGAAAGAGGAGGAGGGCAUCAAACUCAAAGAAGGCAUCAAGACCCUGUUUGAUGACAGGUGGGAUGUGAUCCAAGAGUGUGGCCAGUGGGGUAUUGAGUGCUUUGCCAUUGUGCCCUGGUGGAAUGCCCAUGGCUGGGGUAUGAACACCUACCCCAGUUUUGAUGAAGCAGCCAUAGUCUUAAAAGAUUCCUUGACAAAAGAUGAAUCUGCUAAGCUGUGGUCCAAGCACAAAACCUAUUUGAAGGGAAAAGAAGAAGAGAAAGAGGCUCAUGAGCAGUUGGGGAAGAAGGAAAAAGGACUUGAAGUUGUUCUUUGGUUUCUCAAGCACAAGAAAGGUGUGUUCUUCCAUACAGAAACCUCCAAAGAAGCCAGUGAAACCUUGACAAAAGGUGAGAAAUGGGUCAGUGAACACAAGAUGCUGCAGGAUUUCAGCAAAGAUGAAUUUGAACAGCACUUGGCAUCAGGAAGGGUCAAAUGGCGCUCAGACCCAUGGACCCCUGGCAUCUACCAAUACUGUGACCAGGGGGACCUGACCAAACAGGUCCAGUUGAAGAAAAAGCACAAAGUCACAGUGGGGCAGGAAAGGGAAAUGGAUGAUGCAGAGGAUGAAAAGGAGUUCAUGAGCUACUGGGGCAAAGGCUCUUUGGCCAGCAUGCAGGAGGCUGAAGUUGCCUUCAAAGGCCAGGGCCCUGCCUUGACAAAAGGUAAGGGCCAAGGUGCCUUGACAAAAGGCAAAGGGAGCAGAGGAAGCAAAGGAAGAGGCAGAGGAGUGCUGGCCAUAGAGGAUGGUAACCCAAAUGACACAGAAGAUGACAAAGACAAGAAGACACCUGAAGAGCAAUGGGCUGAGUGCUUGACAAAAGCACAAAAAUCCAAAGAGCAUCUCAGGGUGGCAGUGGGAAACUUGGAAGAAGCUUUGGAAGCUGCUAGCCAAGCAGGCAGAACUUCCAAGCAAGACAGGGGCCAUGGUUUGGAGCUGGCCAAGCUAGAGACAGAGCCCUUGACCAAAGGGGAUGGUGAGCAGAGUGUGCUGGCACAAACACUUUUGUCCUUGUGGAGCCAUGGGCAGGGCCUUGCCAAAAGGCAGGUGCAAGACCCUGAGACUACCAUUCCAAUUUUCAUUCAUGCUGAUGGAGUCGAGUUCCAGAGUAGAGCAGAGGUUACAGGGCUGUGCUUUGGUCCAUUCAAGGGGGCCAAGAAAUGUACAGCAAUGUUCUUCACCUGCCCCAUUGGAAUUCCCACAACUGCUGCCAUGCUUGUGAUGCCCAGCCUCACCAUUAGAAUGGUUCGACAGGAUGGGCUGCAUGUGCUUUUUGUGAAAGGUGUGUGUUCACACCUGCUUGGCUCCUUGCUUCACCAUGUGUGUUACAACCAAGGCAGAGGCAAGCAAAACAAGCAGCCCAGCCAAAGGCUGGCAUUGAUUUUCUCCAAGAUCCAGGAAAAUUACAAGGAACUUCAGACACCAACUCGACUCACCAACCUCAGAUUGAGCAUGAUCUGUGAUCCCUCCAAGCCUCACCAAGAGUAUGCCAAACUAGAAGCAAAAGGAGCAGAGACAAAACAUUUGCUCAGUGCAUUCUUACCAGUGCUGAAAAGCAUACUAGAACCAAACAAUACCCUUCACCAACACAUGGUGGGAGCUCUGGAGGCAAUGGUGGACUUGGUUGCUGCAUUUGAUGCAGCAGGGCUGUUUCCUUGCCCAAAGGAAUUUCAAGCCAUGCAGGACCUUGACCAAAGGUUUUGCAGGCAUUACACAGAGCUGAACAAGUGGGCCCAGAAGAAUGACCAUAAACUUUACCACAUUGUCUACAAGCACCAUUGCCAACAUCACCUGGUCAAGGAGGCACAAUUCUUGAAUCCCAGGUACACAUGGAACUUCAGAUCUGAAGACUUUGUGGGGAGGGUGGCAACAUUAGCCAGAUCAUUGGCUAUGGGAGUCAAAUCAACAAGACUUUCAGGCAAGCUCAUGAUUAAGUAUCGCAUUCUUUUGCACAUGCAGCUGACAAGGCUUGGGUUUGACUUGGGUGUGUCUCCAGACAGUGAUGGUGAAGAAUGGUAG